AUGUUCGAAGUAUUCACGCAUGGCUUUUCGUUCCUUAACCUGUUGUCAUUAGCCGCAUUUUUCACAACCGUUGCACUGUUCUUCUGUGGAAUUCCAAUUUGCCGACAAAUAUGGAAACGACGAGACACGAAAGAGAUUUCCGGAGCGCCAUUUUUGAUGGGAGUUCUUGGCUGGGGCUGCUGGAUGACCUACGGCUACCUGAAGAACGACCAAACUGUGCUAGUUGUCACAGCGUGUCAAGUUAUACUCUACUCGACGUACUGCGUAUUCUACUGGUUUAUGAGUAAAGACAAAUUGUGGAUUACGAUCAAAGUCGGAGUGGUCGUGACGAUGUGCACGACGCUGAUUUUGUCGGUGCAUUUCUUCGGCAUGAAAGUCUUCCAUCCACUCGGAAUCGUCUGUAUGACACUGAACAUCGCCGAUUUUGCUGCUCCAUUGGCUGGACUGCGAGUAGUGAUCCGCCGUGGUGCGACGUCCACCCUACCGCUACCUCUUUGUAUCGCCAACUUUUUGGUCUCAUCCGAGUGGUUCUUGUACGGAGUUCUUGUUCGAGACGUCUACCUCAUUACCCCAAACGGUAUCGGAUCUCUUUUGGCAUUUGGCCAGCUUUUCUUGUUCGUGAUACUGCCACGUAAACCCGGCCAACGAUCCCUGUUGUCUCGUCUCUUUGGCUGCUAUGGACCUAGUGAAAAGGAAACCGACUUGGAAGCACCCACGAAAGAAAUCAUCCCUCAAGUCGAAGAAACCAACGAGUUUGAGAACUCCAACGCAUCGCAUCUCACUAGAGCUCGCCGUUGGUCGCAAAAGGUUAUGGCCAACGUGAACACCGUAGCCGAAGAGAUUGAGCACGUCAUCGGCAAAGCCUCCAUUCACCACUCGGACCAUCAGUAA